AUCUAUCUCUUCCUUCAUUUUCAUAUCUCAUUCCAUCACCUUCUCCAUUCUUCGGCAACCAAACCCAUUUUCCGGCAUGGCAUCUUCUUCUUUAGUGUUUGAGGUUCGAAGGUGUGAACCGGAGCUGAUCACACCGGCUAAACCCACACCCCAUGAAUUCAAGUAUCUCUCAGAUAAUGACGACCAAGAGUCUCUACGGUUCCAAGUUCCUUUUAUACAAGUUUACAGAAACGAGCCAUCGAUGAGAGAGAAAGACCCAGUGAAGGUCAUAAGGAAGGCAUUAGCAGAAGCUCUAGUGUUUUACUAUCCAUUGGCUGGUAGACUUAGGGAAGUGCAUGGCCGGAAGCUGGUGGUGGAGUGCACCGGCGAGGGUGCUGUGUUCAUGGAGGCCGACGCUGAUGUGAGUCUUGAGCAGUUCAAUGAUGAGGCAUUGCAACCACCUUUCCCAUGCUUGAAGGAGCUCCUCUACGACGUCCCUGGAUGGGGUGAUAUCCUUGGCUGCCCUCUAUUGCUGAUUCAGGUGACCCGUCUGAUGUGUGGUGGAUUCAUCUUCGCUCUCCGGUGGAACCACACCUUGGGUGACGCAGCUGGCUUGGUCCAGUUCAUGUCAACCGUGGCUGAAAUGGCACGUGGCGCAACAGUUCCUUCUGUGCCACCCGUGUGGAAGAGGGAGCACCUCAACGCAAGGGACCUUCACCCAUCAGGUGUGACCUUCUUGCACCGUGAGUACGAUCAAGUGCCUGACACCAAGGGCACACACACCGUCCCUCUCGACGACAUGGCCCACCACUCUUUCUUCUUCGGCCCCUCUGAGCUGGCAGCGUUCCGUAAGCAUCUCCCUUCGCACCUACGCUCGUGUACCACGUUUGAGUUGCUGACGGCAUGCAUUUGGCGAUGCCGCACAAUCGCUAUCCAACCCGACCCGGACGAGGACUCGCGUAUGAUUAUCGUCGUCAACACACGUGCCAGGUUCCAACCACCAUUGCCUGUCGGAUUCUAUGGCAAUGCGUUGGCUUUCCCGGUGGCAUUGUCGACGGCAGAAAAACUCUGUGAAAAUCCGAUAGAGUACGCAUUGGAAUUGGUGAAGAAAGCGAAAGCCGAGGUCACUGAGGAGUACAUGAGAUCAACGGCAAAUCUAGUGGUGAUGAAGGGCCAGCCCCACCUUACAUCGGUGAGGACCUUAGCAAUUUCCGAUUUGACACGUGCGCGUUUCAGCGACGUAGAUUUCGGGUGGGGGAAAGCGGUAUACGGUGGGCCAGCCAAGGCGGGUGUAGGAAUAUGUCCUGGGCUGCUAGGCUUUUACAUAACCUUUAGCAACCAUAAAGGGGAGGUUGGAAUUUUGGCAUCGAUUUGCUUGCCUGGGCCGGCGAUGGAGAGGUUUGUGAUUGAGAUUGAAAGCAUGAUAAGGAACCAGCCAGCUGAUCACUAA